UGCGAUCUCAGAACCAUAACGUGUGGUUGUGGAUACCAGACCGAGCCUUUCAGGAAUCUGGGAUCCUUGCGAUUUUUCCAAAGCUCUUUGGACUCUCACACUCGGUAGCAGAACUUUGACAUCUCUGGAACACUGAGAACGGUUAUGGGCAGUUGAAAGGCUGCAACGAGGCCUAUAAGAUGCCAGAGCGGCCCAAGACUAAGUAUUGCUAAGAGGAACACUCAGGUAGGGUCCUCCGGUCAAAGUGGAUGCCUCUGGGAGCCCACUGACGUGCCCCCCUCCAACUGGCCACCUUAUAACUCUGUAUCACGUGCAAGAGAGGCCACCGUCCCCAGCCGCCUGAGAACACAGAAAAAGGACCUGCGGCCUUCACACGAGGCUACAAGGGUGCAGCCUGCCAGGGAAAUUCCUCCCCCAGCCCCCACCACGCCGUUUUUAAGGACCUAGGUGUGGGUGGAGCCUCUAAAGACUACCUGAUUCGGUGGGGAGUGCUCGGGGCUUCUCUCAUUGGUGGAAUCCCUUUAGCACCAAUUCCUCUGUGCUCAGCCAACUCCUCUCUAAAGGAAAAUGGCGUCUUUAGAGGAUGCUUACCGCUUUAGGAUCAAUCCCAAGCCUGGUUCCCGUAACCCCACACACUCUGAAUUACCCGACCCAGCUGAGGGUCAGGAUGAUAAGGCUGGGGAACCACAUAUGGCCAACAGAAACAGGGCUACACUGCAUGACCAGAGCUCCUCGACCAUCUACGUGAAGGGUAUCCAGGGCAUCCUGGGGAAACUGAUGCCAAAAGGGGAGGUGGCCACUAGUGUAAAACCCAUCGUGAGAGAGCAUCCCAUCCCUGGACCAAGACCUGCCAGGUUUGUCACCUUCUCUGCGCAGCACCUAAAUCAACCCUCAGCCCCAGAGCCUAGAGUGGAGAAGGAAAAGAUGGCAAUAGAGAUCAACACUUUUGGUGAAAGGAGAGUGGUUAUUGGGCCUCAUGAGAAAGCCUUUAUGAAGCCACUGGAUGAUGAAAGUGUCAUCAUUUUUGAAAAAGACUCUCCGGUCCUGAAAUUUCUAGACAACUGUGACCCUCGUGUAGAAAUCCUACCAAAGUAUCAAGAAAGGGAAGCCAUGGCCGAGCACCCCUUUCCAGGAAGUCACUGGUCUACAGUGGAAGAGUUCUCUGCGCUCAGAUUCCCUCGGGACAGACCAAUGCCACCGGGUCUCUCAAGAGGUUCAAAGCCUUUACUCUUCAGUGCUGACUGUGCCAUAGACCAGCCUCCUCUGUACCGGGGUCCCCAGCAAGUCUAUAGCAGCCACUGGGCAAGUAAUCCCCAGCCUUCUCACUAUCUGUCCACGGGCAGCUGCUGCAGCAGCGCAUCCCAGGCCACAAGGAACAGCUGGAGCUUCUUCAGUGAUUCUUCCUCCAACCCAGAAGUGCGCUUCCAAAACUGGUCCAGAGACUGGAAGGCAUCAGAGGAAGAUCAAUCCCAGAAUUACCAUCCAUUUCAUUUCUCCAGAAAUCUAGAAAUGGAGGAGGAGAGAGCAGUCCAGGAGGAGAUACCAUCAUAUCCUUUUGGAGAGCAUGCACCUAGUUUCCUGCCAAGGGACCACUGGGAGCGCCAAGAGCAGGGUUUCAUUGAUACCCAUUGUCACUUGGACAUUCUCUACUCCAAGCUGUCCUUCAAAGGGACCUUUAGCAAGUUCACAGAAAUGUAUAACUGUUCCUUCCCUAAGGAAUUUCAGGGCUGCAUCUCUGAUUUCUGCAAUCCUCAUACACUAAGGGAUGGCCUAUGGGAGGAGCUGCUGAAAGAUGAUCUGGUUUGGGGGGCAUUUGGCUGUCACCCCCAUUUUGCACGCUACUACAAUGACAGUCAAGAAAGCAAGCUCUUGCAAGCCCUGCGGCACCCCAAGGCCAUAGCGUUUGGAGAAAUGGGCCUGGAUUACUCCUACAAGUGCACCACACCUGUGCCACAGCAGCACAAGGUAUUCGAGAGACAGCUGCAGCUGGCCGUGUCUCUAAAGAAGCCCCUGGUGAUCCACUGCCGAGAAGCUGACGAAGAUCUGUUGGAUAUCAUGAAAAGAAGGGUGCCCCCUGACUACAAGAUCCACAGGCAUUGCUUCAUGGGCACUUACCCAGUCAUCAGGCCCCUCCUGGAGUACUUCCCCAACAUGUCCGUGGGGUUCACAGCAGUCCUGACGUAUCCUUCCGCCUGGGAGACCCGCAAAACUCUGAGAAUGAUCCCCUUGGAGAGAAUCGUCGUGGAAACGGAUGCUCCCUACUUCCUGCCUCGUGGAGUUCCGAAAAGCCUUUGCCAGUUUGCCCACCCAGGCCUGGCCCUGCAUACAGUUCGAGAGAUCGCCAGGAUCAAAGGUCAGCCGCUCUCUCACACCUUGGCCAUCCUGCGUGAGAACACUAGCCACCUCUACAAUCUUUAAGCAAAGGGCAUCAUCCGGAGUCUUCCAGAAAAGGGAGACCAGCGGCCUGACAGCACAGACUUGGUUUGAACUCUCCCUGUGUCCCAAGGUCAAGGCAGUGUUUAGCCAGUCCACCAGAACACAAAGAGACCACCACAAGAUGUCUUCCCCAAAACCUCUUCCUAAGACUUCUGCUUCUGGCUGGUAGGGUUCGGUGCAAAAGAAUGGGAGGAGGAUAGAGGAAACUGCCCCCAACAUUAUCAGGGUUUUUCCUCCCAGCCAAAUUGUGCCGGGGUAAUCAGUAAAGAAGAGUUCCAUAGGGUCAAUGAGCUGGCUAUUCCACACCCCUGUUCUCUGCAGCCUGAGUUUUUGAGCAGUUGGUGCAUAAAGUCACCCUCCUACUUAUCUUUAAAAAAACAAAUGAAGAGGAAUGUUGAAUUUUCAAAGUGAGUUAGGUAAUUUGUUCUGUUGAUUCCCAAAACGUAUUUGAUAUUAUAGGAAUUCUAUAAUCCAUACGGUUUGUUGUUAAAUUCAUAAUUCAGUGACUGUGCAACUUGUGAUUUCUAAUUGCUAAAGAUAAAGCAACACUAGCAUUUCAUCUCAAAGGAAAUCGAUUUAGGUAAAAGUUGGUCUGUUAAUAUUCAGAACGGGCUGGAGGGUGAGGACAUUUCUAUAGAGGAGCUUAAAGUGAUGGGAGCCAGAUCAAUUGGAUCUUGAGAACAGUGCUGAGAUGAGUUUCAAAUCUGAACUGAACUCCCCAAGCUUAUAUAAUUCCAAGCCUCUCACAUAACCAGUAUAUUAACAGCAGCUGUUAUUCAGAUUGCUCUGACUCUUAACAAGGCCCAACUGUAUACCACUUAGAAAUACUGCUCCCCUAAAGGGCAGAAACAGAGAAAAGCUUCAGGUGCCUACCUGGCAAACAGCCACCCUCCCUGCAAGAUUAAAAGGAACUCACAUUUUAAAGAAAAUAUUUGAGUUCCGAAAUUUAACUUUGCCAGCCAAAGCCCACACAUAAAUCCAGGAGUUUCAUUAUUGGAUAAUAAGUGCCAUUUUUUAAAAUGGAAAAAUCUCCUUUAUUCUUGAAAACUAAAUUGAUGAAAAUAGGCCCGGCAUAGUCCAGACUUCUCGUUUCCUAGGUGCCUGUUUAUCUAGAUCCAGAAAAAGCAGCUGGCUCCUCACCAUGUGGUUCUCAGCUCAAAAGUCUUGUCCACAAGGAAGCCUCCUUGACUACCACGUGCACAGUGCUCAUUUCACCUGAGAAGAAAAACUCCUUAGAGCUUACUGUUUUGAUUUAGUCAUAGUGCUCAGCACUGACUACAAUUGUGUUUUUACUAUGUGCCCGUUGGUUAUUUUCCCCACUAGGUUUAUAAGCUUGUCAGUUCUGUUCAUCCCCUAUGAACAUACACCCUGUACAUACACCCAGUGUUAGAAUGGUGCCUGAGACAGCGCAGGCACUUUGCAAAGAUUUCUUGAGUUACAUAUCAUACGAGUGAACAACGUACUUCACUGACACUUGGGAGUUAGUGACAAUAUUUGGGCAAGGGGACAGAUUUUAGGGAGAGAAGAGAGAAACCAUCAGAUUUCUAGUGCCCCUUAACUUGAAAAGCAAGGAUUAAAAGGCAGCUAUAUUCUGCUGUUUAGAUGUUCUCCAUAGUAAGAGAAAUAAGGUCAAGUCCUCCCAGGAACUUGACAGUUUAGAUUUCUUGUAAAUAAUACUGAGUAAGUCAUAGUUUUUUUUCCCCUCUGCUAGGGAUCCAUUUUGGAGAAGGAAGCCUUAAGAAAGCUUUAAGUGUUUCACUUUGCUUUAUUGGGACCAAAAGUGCAAUGCACUUGAUGCACUAUUGCAAUUGAUGCAACUGACACACUGGUGCAAUAGGAAAGAUGCAAGUUGAUUAAAUUUUCAGGACAGAAAACCUUCAAAAGUGAAGCCAAUGUUUUAAGAAGGUUUUUCUGUUUCCCAUUUAAUGUACACUGUACAAAAAUGUUCAGAGUGUGUCCCUCAACCCCCAGGAGCCCUGACCUUUUUAUAAAGGACUGCAGAAAAAGAAGGUUCUGAGGACACGUUUUGGGAAAAACUGAGUUCUACAAUGUUCCACAGAUUGUUUUUUAAUUUGGGGGAUCUCACAUGCCCUUUGAUAUGCUAAUGUGAGCCACAGAUCCCCAAAAGGGUGUUUCUCAAAGUUACUUCAUUUGAUUAAUUUGAGGUACAAUUCAACAACUGGAGAAACUCGAGCUUGGGAAACAUGACCUCAAGUCACACUUCCACUGUUGUCCCCUAGUCACAUUGUGUACCACCUCUACUCCUCACAUUCCCACACCCUCCUUCAUUUACCUCUCCCACUACAUAAGAUCCAAGGAGAACAAAAUGUCCUUUAUCUGGUCCUAACAAAGCAACGUUACCAAGUGGGCAUUUAAAAACGGGUGUAAACAAACAAUUGCAUCUGUAAGUACACAUUACACAAGGUAAAGAGAGUAUGUAUAUAUAUAUAGUAAUUAAUUUUGCUCUCCAAAAAAGAAAUAAUCUCCUUUGUAUACAGAGAAAAUAGUUUUCAUACUGUUCCUCUUGCUACAUUUUUAUGGCAAAUGCAUGGACUAUACUCUGCAGUGUUUCUUGACACAAAAGAGAGCUCCUUGCCAUAAUUCAGCUUUAUUUCAUCAGGAAUGAGAGUGAGCAAUGUAGUAUAUACAGAGUGGCCUAAAUCAAAAAUUGUCAUCUUCCUCUACUAGUUUCAUAAAUGUAGUAAAGAACACUUCAUCUCUUCAAGUUACUCAUAAAAACAAAACGAACAAAUAAAACCUUGCAAUGGAGAUGUGCAAAAUUUGGAGCACUCUGUAUAUAGCUUUCUAGUGAUAGAUAUUCCACUGAACCUCAAAGAAUGAUUAGAAUUCAUCUGUUUGCAUGGCACUUCAAAAUUGGUGCAUCUACUCUCACAUUCUAGAGGCUUCAGAGAGCCAUGAAGGCAACCGGUGAUCUAGAAAUUCAAUUUGCCAGUUAGUGGUCCCUGGGCCAUUGGUCAUCCCAGAGUCACAAGGCCUCUCGGGCCCAUUAACAAACUCCCUGAACCUUGGCACUCCACUCCUCUUACUGCAUGCCAAUAUUUUGCUUCUCUUAAAUUUUAGAAGGGCAGCUCUUUCUACCUUGAAAGCUCGAAAACAACAAACUGCCUACUCUGUCUUGAGAGAGAGAGGAAGAUGUGGUUGUUUCAGGUAGUCUUUAUUCAUAUAUAACUUCAAAAUUAGUACCUUAUUCUGGACUUUGAGCACAAAGUGGGAUAAAAAAAAUAGUCCAUAAUACCUAGAGACAUCACUUUAACAACUGGAGUGGCUCCUUGGCAGUCUUCUUGAUAUAUUCCCAUAGUUUUUGGCCAAGUCCAGUACUGUAGUCCCUGAGUUUGUUUUGCUAGUUAAUAUUUACUAGGAUAGUCACUUCACAAUUAGCAUAAGAUAGAAAUUUUACUUUCUCUGAAUUUGCAAUUUAACAUUUUAUGUAUCUUGGUUUGCUGUCCUGAGCAAACAAGAUAGAAGUUUACCAAUUCUGUUACCUGUUUUAAAGAUGUAACUAAAAAAAAAAAAGAUGUAACUCUUAAACUUUUUAUUCAAAUUUCUUGUUUACUAAUUUAUAAAAUACUGCUUUUUUUUUUCUUCCCCUUCAUUCCUUGGGGAUGGUCUGGUCUGUUUUGUUGUACUUUUCCUAAUGCCUUAAGGUAAAUGCUUAGUUUAUUUUUUAUUUUCAAGGAGAAACAACAAGGUAUCUGAUACCACAAAUUUAUUUUUAUAAAAACAGAUUGUUAACUCUAUUCUAGCUGAAGAAUUUUAUUUUCAUGAAUUUUACUUUUCUGCUGUAGAAAUACCUAUUACAAAUAUAUAAACAGAAACAGAAAGAAGUGCAGGAUUUUUCUACUACCUACAUAGAGGCUACUGUUUUGUUAAUGUAUUUCCCUUAAGGUAACUGUGAUUAUAUAGCUAUAUCAAAUUAUAUAUAUACUUUUGAAAAAGUCAUGUUUUCCCGAAUAUGUCAAAUUAUACAUAUUUGUAAAAAAUCCAUAUGGUUUCAUGCCCAUACUUACUGAAGAUCUAUGUACCAUAAAAUCCCACCACCAAUCAAUAUACAGUGUUUAUUUAUAUUCUAGUGUAUUUUUAUUUGUGAUUUUUUUUAUAUAUAUAUAACAUAGCUAGAAACACAAAGUACGUACUUUUUUAAAGCAAAGCGAAAGAAAAAACAUGUCCAGGUCCUAGGGAAAGAUGAUAUAUAAAGAUAAGCUUUUUUUCUUGAUUAAGGGAGAAAAUUUUCACUGUAUUCCCUAUUUUUCAAGAAUUUUCAGUUGAAGUAUUAAUGCCAAAAAUUAGUAUCUACUGAAACUUACCUAAGUAAAGUAAUAUGUUUUUCCUUUUGAUCUCCCUAUAAUGUAUUUGGAGCUCAUUUCAUUAUUGUUAUUAUU